CUAAAAUACCCCUCCUCCCCCGUAAGCCUAACUGAGAAUCUCAACCGAAGGCGGCGGCUGCGCCACCAGUCGGCGGAUCGACGCACUUAGCCCGGCUCGCCGGCUGUUUGUCUCAGAAGCUCGCAGCAUCAUCCAUCGCAACUCUGCUCCCUUUGCUGGUCUGGCUUCGAGCGGAGACCCAUCCCAACGAGUCGGUUCGCGUUCAAUCCUCCCCUAGACCAUUUUCUUUCUCCGCUCCACGUCUCCACCCCUUCUCUCUCUCGUCCUUUCUUCCCUAGCGGCAACGACGGGGCGAGCGCCGCCGCUCUUGGCCGGACUUCGCAGGUCGCUUCGCCGGCGACGAGAAUCCUCAAGGAGAAGGCAUGUCUUCACGCAUGACACCUUCCAAGAGGCUGUUUCAGAAAAAUUCUUCAGAUCACAAUGGCCGAGGCAAGUGGCAGAAGACAAAGCAUUCUUCUUCACAUAAAUCUCAGCCCAAAAUAGAGCCUGGUGUUCCAAUUUUUCGCAUUCUCUGCCCUGCUUCAAAAUCUGGGAAUGUAAUCGGUAGGAAGGGUGGCAUUAUCGCAAAGAUACGGCAAGAAACCGGAGUGAGAAUCAGGGUUGAUCAAGCAGUCCUUGGUUGCGAUGAGAGAGUUGUUUUCAUAUCUGCCAUUGACAAGGAUGAAGAAGCUAUUAGCGAGCAAGGUGGAGAGAAUGAUGGAGGUGUUGCUGUUUCCGCUUCUGGUGACCAUGAGAAGGAUAAAGUCAACAGUAAGAAGAACAAUGAUGAUCCAGAGAAAAACCACAGUAACCAGGAAAAAGAUGAUUCAGAGAGAGACUACAGUAACGAGGAAAAGGAUGAUUCGGAGAAAGACAACAGCAAGGAGCAGAAGGAUGAUCCAGAGAAAGAAAAUGGUAAGGAACAUAAGGAUGAUUCAGAGAAAGGUCACAUUGAGGAAGAAAAUGAUGAUGGUUCAGAGAAAGACCACAGUAAGGAAGAAAAUGAUGCUUCAGAGACAGGUUACAGUAAGGAAGAAAAGGAUGCUUCAGAGAAAGAUCACAGUAAGGAAGAAAAGGAGGCUUCAGAGAAAGAUCACAGUAAGGAAGAAAAGGAUGGUCCCUUUGUUGCAAAAGAUAUCAAGUUAGAACCGGAGAGGGUAGUACCAUCAGCACUGAAGGCCAUUUUGUUUGUCUUCGACAGGAUUUUUGCAGCUGACGAGGAUAAUGAAACUGGGGAUGCAUCAGGUGCGAGCGCUCCUGUUUCUUUAAGAUUAUUGGUGCUAUACAGCCAAGCAGGUUGGCUUUUGGGGAAGGGUGGUAGUGUCAUUAAGCAAAUGUCAGUUGAUAACGACUGUGAAAUCCGUGUUUCAAAGGACAAACUUCCAUCAUGUGCACUACCCAAUGACAGACUUUGUCAGAUCAAUGGAGAGGUUGACUCAGUAAGGAAAGGUCUGAAUGCAGUAGCUGAAGUGCUCUUAGCUCAUCCGCCCAAGGAAACUGAUGUAGUUGCUGGUGUUCAUUCUUCUGGAUCAUCAUCACGGUCUUUGUUUAGCCAGUCAGAUGGCUUUGCUUCAGGAAUGCAAUCCAACUUCCAUAUCCCCUUGCAAGGACCAACCCAAGCCAAUGGACCUUAUGAUAUCAUUGAUCGUCAACCAAAUAUGGCUCCUUUUCCUAUCGGACCUGAAGCUCCAAUACACGGUCAUGCCUCAGUUCCUAUAGAAGCCCUCUCCUUUAGGUUGCUGUGUUCAAAAGACAAGGUUGGCAGUGUAAUAGGCAAGGGUGGAAACACUGUUAAAACUAUCCAAAAUGAUACAGGCUGUGAAAUAAAAGUUCUUGAGACUGUUCCAAAAACAGAUGGUCGCAUCAUAAAUAUAUCUGGACCUGCGCAUCCAGGUGAUGGAAUUUCCCCUGCACAGAAUGCCAUUUUGCAUGUGCAGCGAAAACUUAUGUUGCCUACCUCUGAUAAGGAGGGUCCUGCAAUAUGUAGGCUGAUUGUUUCACCAAACCAAGUUGGUUGCCUUCUGGGCAAAGGUGGUAGUAUCAUGGCUGAAAUGAGGAAGCUUUCAGGAGCAUUUAUAGUAGUGUUGAGCAAAGACAAGAUCCCGAGGGGUGUCCCAGAAGAUGAUGAAGUUAUUCAGAUAAGCGGGGGCUGUGAAGCUAUUCAAGAAGCUCUAAUGCAGAUAACUGCUAGGCUUCGUAACCAUCUUUUCCGAGACAGAAUGCCUGGAAUGGGUCCUAAUAUGCGGCCGCCUUUUGGUUUGUUAGAUUCUCAGUUUGGUCCUUGUGUGGGGAACCAUGAAUCUCCAUCUCUGUUUGAUAAAGAUUUUAUGGGACGGCCAUUGGAUGGGAUCUCUGCCCCUUGGACAGUGAAGGGCAUGCGUGGUGUCGGUGAUCCAAUGUCAAUACCUGAUAUCCCCGGAGCAGGGCAUAGAGAACUUGGUGGAUUUUCUGGUCCUGGUCAGUCAUCCGUGAUGCCAAAAGUGACUGCAGAGGUCUUAGUUCCAAGAUUAGUUAUCCCCGCUCUCUGUGGUGAAGAUGGAGGUUGUUUGGAUAGGAUUCGUGAGUUUUCGGAAGCUAAGAUAACAGUCGCUGAACCUAUAGCUGAUUCAAUGGACACGGCUGUUUUAAUAUCUGGCACACCAGACCAGAUGCAUGCUGCCCGGAGCCUUGUUGAAGCAUUUGUUAUAAGUGAAUCAUUUGGCCCAUGAUAUCGCGAUCCUUGAAAGGCAUUGAAGCUAGUGAUAAAAAUGUGGGUUCGUGUUUGUGAAUAUGCAUCCCUGUUUGCCGAGUGGCAUAUGCUCCAAGAGGUUAAUUAGGCUGAAUAGAUAGAGACUGAAGUCCCAAUCUGUUGGUUCUUUCUAGGUUGUUGCAGAAUGUUCCAAACUCACCCCUUAGAGAUAUGGGACACAUUCCAGGUAGCACCCGAAAUGCAUUGCUUAUGUAAGCAGUAUGAACCUGAAAUUAGCCUCUAACCUUUUUUUUUUGUGAGAUCCGGUCUAAUGUUGUGGAAUGUUAAUAUCCUUUGGUAUCUGUAUCUCUAAGAAGCACCGAUGCAGGCUAGUUGCCUAUCAAGGUUUUAGGAAGUGUUUAUGGUAUUGGUAUGCAUAAUAUGUAACCCCUCGUUUCUAUGUUCAAA